AUGUCGGCUGGCGGCGAACAUCUCAAAGAUGAGGGUUCCAGGCGACAAGUUAUAUUGGCCGGCGGUACAGCCGGCCUAAUCUCACGCUUCUGCAUUGCGCCGUUGGAUGUCGUCAAGAUCCGCCUGCAGCUGCAGAUCCAUUCACUUUCUGAUCCGGCCUCACACCGGACAGUCGUGGGGCCGGUAUACAAGGGGACCCUUUCGACAAUGGCUUCCAUUAUGCGCCAGGAAGGUAUCACGGGCCUAUGGAAAGGCAACGUUCCCGCAGAAAUGAUGUAUGUCUGCUACGGCGCCCUCCAAUUCACCGCAUACCGCACAACAACCCAAGCCCUAUCCCAACUAGGCCACCGCCUCCCACCAUCCGACCUACUCCGCACCCGCUUCGCAGCCCAAGGCCCGGAACGGGUAUACAAAUCCCUCUACUCGUCCAUCGUCGACAUAUCCCGCAACGAAGGACCGAGGGGAUUUUUCCGCGGCUGUUCAGCAGCAGUGGCCCAAAUCGUGCCGUACAUGGGUCUAUUUUUCACGGCGUAUGAGAAUCUACGGCCGACCAUGGCCCAGUGGGAAUAUUUGCCCUUUGGCACCGGUGAUGCGGCUGCGGGUGUUGUUGCUAGUGUUAUGGCGAAGACGGGCGUUUUUCCGCUCGAUUUGGUCAGGAAACGCCUUCAGGUUCAGGGUCCUACGAGGACGAAGUACGUUCAUCGGAAUAUUCCGGAAUAUGAUGGGGUUGUUAGGUCUAUUGCUAUGAUUCUGCGGACGCAGGGCGUCCGGGGGUUGUAUCGAGGUUUGACGGUUAGUUUGUUUAAGGCUGCGCCUGCUAGUGCCGUUACGAUGUUCACGUAUGAGCGGGCGUUGAAGUUUAUUCAGGAGAUGGAGGUUGCACGGUGCGAGGCUUGA